CAGAUUGAGCAUGCAUAGCCGCAUCUUCACAUCGGCCAUUCGCCCUGCUUUUUUGCCCGCUGGCACCCUCUCUCUGACGGGACCUGCAGCACGCAUGGGCAGCGUAGUGCGACAACAAAGCAGCACACGGUCUCCAGUCCAGUACAGCUCGCGAAAGAAUUUCAAGCAGACUUGGCUGAUGGAUGGAGCAACAUACCCCAUCAUUGUCAUCAUUACCUUCGCCGUCACCAUGUGCAGUGGCUUCACUGCAUACAAGUUCCUCCACAGCCCGGACAACCGCGUGGACCCGCGCAAGCGCACCUCCUUGAUGCGAGACUGGAAGUAGGCCUAGGCGCCUAGCAGAAGGGAAGGAUGCGAGACUGGAAGUAGGCCUAGGCGCAUAGCAGAAGGGAAUUCGUGGAGGGAAGGAGAAGAGACAUGGAGAAGGUAGGAAAGAAUGGGUGGAUAUAGAGGAGAAAAUACAUGGAGGGGGGCCAUGACUCACGCUGUGGUCAUGAGGCGACUGUCGCCGGCAUUGGCGAAGUAGUCGAGGUGGGGGGAGAAGAAAUCGAAGGGGUCCUGGAAUCGGAAAAAUGGCAUGACGAGCCAGAAAGUGGACGCCUAAGGAAGACACUCUUAGGGUGUGGGAGAGAGAAGAAGGUAGUGGCAUCGGGGAUGGGAGGGGAGGGGAACGACGGAGUGUAUGAUAUGCCGCGAUGGGAGACAGGCCCUGGAAAUGGUGAGCCAGGGAUAAGCCGCGUUUUUACGGAAGCUGGGUCGUCCGCUAUGAGAAGAGAUACAAAGGAUAAGCGGUAGGAAACAAUAGGAAUGAAACGACGUGUGCAGA